GGCUUCUCAUCGGCCCGGAUCGCCUUCGAAUUCGAAAUUUCCUAUCGCAAACUAAUAAAAAAGCUUCCUCGGUAUUCAUAGCAUCUUCUUACAACCUAUUUUCCACUUAUUUCCCUCGUUUGCUGCUGGAGCACCUUUGAGUCCGCUUCUUUACCAAGCUCCGAAGCUCAUUACUCGUUUCUGCAACAAGCAAUCUGGAGUGGCUCUGGGACACUGCGGGUAAACAGGAGAGGAGUACCGGGGCUCUUGACGGUCGUAAGAUGCCACAAGCUUCUUCAACGCCAGCUCCUGAGCUGAGUCCUCGGUUUUGCUUCAAUGAGAGGUUACUUCGAGACUUCUUAAGUCUCUCCAGGUCCACGAUAGAUGAUUCAAUUACCCAAAAUGUCAACGCGCUGUUCACCCCCGCUCGAGAGGGGUUCGAUCCUUCCUCUACUUCUCAGCGCCAGACAGAUUCAAGAGCCGGCCGCCAAAUAGACACCACUGCUUGCCAAAACUUCAAAGACAAAGUCUUGUUCCCCUCCUGGCAGACCCGAUCCGAUGUUCUCACAUAUUGUGCUGGAGUGGCCACAAGCCCAGACCCGGAUGAUCCGGAUCUUCUCCUACGAGAGACUGAAUCUGCGAAAGAUCGGGAACGAGUCGUCGAUGAAAGAUUAGAUCCAUACUCGGCGAGAUUCUUUCCCCGGGAGCCACGCACUGAAUCGUUAGCCAAUGUCAUACGCAACCAGCGUACAGUGGAAGAGAUCAUACGAGCGCGCACAUGGGGAAUAGUUUCCGAAAGAUGCGGCGGCUCUUCUGAAGGUUGGGAGGGAGCUCUUAACCGCUGGCGUGAACAGAAUCAGCGAUGAACCAGUUAAUCCGGAAUCCAGCAUUUGAUGUUUAUAUAAAGUUUUUUGUGAGCUUGAUAAAUCCCCUAUCUUGGAAGCUUUUUUGCAUUUACCUGUAUUUGUACGAAAAAGAAGGCAAUGUUAAUCUACUGAAUGAAUUACGAUUAAUAUGUUUGGAU